GCCGCGCCCGCUCCGCGCUCCCGGAACCCUCCCGGAUCCCCAGGAAAACCCCAAAAAAAACCCCGAAACAACCCCAAAGAAACCCCAAAAACCUCCCCGGGAUCCCCCAAACCGCUCCCGCCGCCGGCGCCACCUCCGCCUGCGCCGCCAUCUUGCUGACGCACGGCGUGCGCGUGACGUCACUUCCGCCUCCUUCUUCCCCCCGGCAGAGCCCCGCGGAGCCGCAGCCAUGUCGCUGGUGAUCCCCGAGAAGUUCCAGCACAUCCUGCGCGUGCUGAACACCAACAUCGACGGGCGCCGCAAGAUCGCCUUCGCCAUCACCGCCAUCAAGGGCGUGGGGCGGCGCUACGCGCACGUGGUGCUGCGCAAGGCCGACAUCGACCUGACCAAGCGCGCCGGGGAGCUCACCGAGGACGAGGUGGAGAGGGUGAUCACCAUCAUGCAGAACCCGCGGCAGUACAAGAUCCCGGACUGGUUCCUCAACAGGCAGAAGGACGUCAAGGAUGGCAAAUACUCCCAGGUCCUGGCCAACGGGCUGGACAACAAACUGCGCGAGGACCUGGAGCGCCUCAAGAAGAUCCGCGCGCACCGCGGCCUGCGCCACUUCUGGGGGCUGAGGGUGCGCGGGCAGCACACCAAGACCACCGGGCGGCGCGGCCGCACCGUCGGCGUCUCCAAGAAAAAAUGAGGGGAUUUCUGGGAAUUCCCGGAAUUCCUGGAAUUCUGGGGGUUUUGGGAAUAAAAAUGGAGGUUUUUGGAGAGAA